CAAUCGAUUCGCCAGUAAAAUAUUCGAGGAAAGGUGAAGAAUCAACAGAGAAAUUCCUUUUAUAUGUGAUCUGAGUCGUUCAAAUCGUGGGAUCAACAUAUGUAGAGCUCUUGUAGUUCUCGUACUGGCAUACACAGAAUACAUCGUUGGACCGUGGUAGAUUCACCAUGCCGUAUCAAAGAAAUUCUCUACGAACUCGCCACAGAGGUGCUUGCACUAACUGUCGGCAGAUGAAGCUCAGAUGCGACGGGCUUGAGCGGCUGCCGGCGCCAUGCUCUCGAUGUGAGUCGUCUCAGAAGAAUUGUGUGAUAGAUCGGAGCUUUCGACGCGUAGCUCGUAAAGACCGGCUUGAUGAGCUUGAAAAGGACCUUCGUGAAUUACGAGCAGGAUUUCAAAAACCUGUCAAUCUCAACAAUCAAAUUUCUUCUUCCGGAAACAUUGAGUCAGCUUCAUCUACCGAUGAUCAGAUCCCAGUGCCGCCAAUUGACCCCAGUGAGAGGAUUGACUUGUCAGACUCCGACGCUCUCGUAUCUCAAUAUCAGUCUAGCAUACAUCCUUUCCGUCUAGAGGGCACAGAACUGCAUCCUGAAGACAUCAUCAAGCAUGUCAUUUUGUUUUAUCGGCAUUAUCAUGAAAAUUUUCCGAUACUUCCGGACAUCCACUUUCUCCUUCAGAAUCUCCAAACCAGCCCGUUGUUGGUCUGGGCGAUUGUGUCGAUCACAUCUACUCGACUGCCAGCCCAGGAUUCUUUAAGAGUGAAACUUAUUGACCCCAUGAAACGGUUGGCUGGUAUCUCCAUCAUGGGAGGCGAACCUCCGUCAGUCUUCCUGGUUCAAGCAUUACUGUUGCUUUGUAAUUGGCCAAUGCCCUUUAAAGCAACAAUCACUGAUCCAUCUUGGACAUAUUGUGGAGCAGCAGUGAACAUCGCUCUACGAAUAGGUCUUCAUCAACCGGCGUUCCACUUCGACUUUAUAUAUGGAUCCAGGAGUGAUGAAGACGCCGUUGCUUUGCGGACCAGAACAUGGAUUGCCUGCUUCAUCAUGCAAAACCGAGUUAGUCUUGCGCUUGGCCUUCCCGCAAUGACUAAAAUUGAUUACACCAUUCUUCAGAACCUGAAAAGCCAUUCCCCUGGAGUUUCAAAAUCUCUUCGUAGUAUGCUAUUUCUUACCUACAAGAUCCAUAAUUUUUCCAACCAGCUGGGCCAAUGCGAAUUUACCAAAUAUGGAUUACUACCGAAUCCGCUUUCCCUAAUCCAAGCAUUCGAAAAAGACUUGGAUUUAUUUCAAACAAGAUUGGAGUCUAAACGUGAAGAAAUCGCAGUUCUUACUGCAAAGCUUCAUCUUUAUUCCUAUAUUCUAAACCCGUCCCCGCAACACCAAGAAUCAAUCGAGUCUGCAGCCCCCAUUGAAGGGCAUUACAUAACAUACUACAUUGGACAAGCCUACUACUGUGCAUCGAGAAUUAUCAAUCUCAGUUGUGACGUGUUUGCGGAGGAUCCUGGGAUCGAGACAUUUGAAGGAGUGCGGGAAAAGCGUCAGUGGACGCAGACCCAGACACUUGACCUCAUGUACGCGAUGACAGUUUUGAUCUGGAUAGUCAAACUUUCAGAGACUGGUCAAAAUAUAGAUGCAGCGGACGCCAUCAUCAGAUGUGGAAGGAAUGUCUUCAAACAACUUGUGACCAUGGAUGAUGAUCACUAUUCACGGCUUUGCGACCUUGUCGAUUACAUUACAUCUAUGGAUUCUGACACACUGCAAAAGAGUAGAAAUAGCCUGAAGCGAAUCUUCGUUCGAUCUAGAAUGAGCGCAAAUAUUAUCUGGAAUGUUGUCUACGCUGCAAAGAAGAGGUUUUCGGAGCGAAAAACGCAGACACCAAGAGACGACGAGCUAAAUUCAGUCGAUAUGGCGUUAUUAUCAGUUGAUACUUUGGCCCUGAACGAUAUUGAUGCGAAUACAUAUAUUUGUGACCUUGGCAACUUUGAUCUGACGUGGACUGAUUGGGAUGCCCUUUUACCUACGAGUAGCACUAAUAACUUCUAAAUCCAGUACCUGAAAUCAGGGUGGGCAUCACACAACUCCUCAAGACUUUUCAGCCGCUGCUGCUGGGCUUCCAUAGAAGAUGCUAGUUGAUCCUUCUUGUCAUUCUCUCUCUUGAGGUAUAGCAUGAAUAUUGGAGUCAAUAAUGCUGUUAAUGCCAUUCCGGCGAAAC